GCUUAAGACAUUUCAGGCUGGGGAAAGAUGUUAUUACUGAGGUUUUUCCGAUCGCAUGAGCCGCCUGUUGUGUGCCAAGAAUACAAACAUGGGAAAUUACGCAUUGCUUUGCAACCUGAUUUUACUCGUUCAAGUUUCCAUGCAAGGUAGGCUUAAAAUUUAUUACAGAUUGUUAUUUCUGAGCCAUCCAAAAAGAGGAAAACUCGUCCAAAAUUUUUAAUUGUUUACCAAGCUGUUUUACUUCGGGAACUUAGUGCAACUUGCAGAAACUGGAAGCGACUGGGAUAGAAUUAUGAGCUGGAAAAUUCGUCUCAGUUACAUAUCUAGUUUGUUCAAAGAAACAUGAUUGGCAAACUUAAAGGGCGAUUGGGUACGCGUUUAAGUUUCAGUUCUGCAGAGAUGAAUUGAAAUCAUUGAGUCAACUACAAAACAUCGUAUCUUCAGUAGCAUUUUUUCGCUAUCUUCUUCAGACGGAAACGAGCCUAUUGCAUCUUGAUAAGAAUGUUGCAAAACAAUUAAUGGAAAACACAGACUUUGAUUGUACUCGGAUGAUUGUCUUUCCACAACAUCGUAUGAUCUGUGUCGUGACAAACAUGCAGUAACAAGCAUACAUAAACCGAACGGUUUCCUGCAAGUUUCUUUGUUUCACGUAAAGCAUUUUCUCUUGUUGUUUUAUUGCGACGCAACAUCUUCGAAAGGCAUGACUCAGAAAUUGAAGAAUAAUUAUGAUUUAUUUUGUUUUCAUGUUAGCCUCUAAUUGGCACUUUCCCAAAUUUUAAACUCAAAAAUAAAAAUGAACGAAUAAAUUAUCGUAAUAAAAUAAUUCUAAUUUCGACUGGUUCCAUAUGAGUACAUAUGCAUAUCUGCAAUUUUGUAGAAAAUUACUUAAUUAAAAUGCGGUUAUCGCAUUUACGUUGCGUGACAUCAGCAGGUUGAUGAAAGAAUCUUGUUUAUUUUAACUACUGCUACAUUAAACUAUCUUGUUUUACAACAAUGGGAAGAUCCCUUUACCGACUAAACGUUUAUCCUUAACACUGAAGGGCAGAUUAUUGCCGAAGCUGAUUUGGGACGCAAAAUGAGAUGUUCUUGCUUAGUACAAAACCAUUAAAUUGCCGUGAUUAAAAGGAUCACCGAAUCAAAACAAACUGCAUCAGAAAUGAUUGGGUACGAUUUCGGGUCGCUGAGUAUGGAAAUUUCCUGAUAAAUAAAUUUAAUCAAAAAUGCAUGGGUCGCACUUUCUAAUUGUGUCACUGAAUAAGAAACAAUCUCAUGUUAUUCAUUUGGCUCUGUGCCCUGAUAUGUUUUAAGUUAAGCCGCUAAAAAAAUAAUUAAAGAAUUUAAAACUUGACAGAUUAGUGCUUUUAAUUUGACUACGGGUAAUAGAAAAGUACUGAGGAUCUUUUCGACCUUCGACUUGGCCUUCGUUGACUUGCAAGAGACAAUCCGGCAACGAGGAGAAGCGAAAAAACAGCUGUGAUUGAUAAGCAUAUCUAAUGCUUUAGAUUGUGAAAGCUUUUCUAUCCAUCGUUAGCGUGGACAAAGAAUAGCUGACAGUGCUUUUAGCUGGAGUCUACGUUUAAAUGUCCCCUUAGGAAUUAAAGAAGAAUUUAAUGAAAAUUCAAUUCAUCUCAACCUCAGGACAGGCAUGGAUUUGUCACUACAAUUCUACCCUUACACUGUAAUUAUAAUAUUUCUUACAGGGAGCCCAUCAUGUAACAGCCCUGCGGUUUCUCACGGGCUUCCUUGCUACCUUUCAGUCCUUUUUCACUCUUGGAAAUUGAUUAUUAAAUAAUGGCAAAAGAAAUAAAUUGACUAAAGAACGUAAGUGAGGUGUUUGUGAUAAGCAUUGACGAGGAACUAAUCGCAUUGAAGAAUGAUAUUUUAGAAUAUAUUAGAAAAUGGCAUUAACGCUUUGACUAAGUACCAUUUCCAAACGUUAAUGUACGGCUCGUUGACGUGGUGCAAGACCGGAGCCCCAUAACUGUCUGUGUUUCUGUCCAUAUGUCUGUCAAUUCGUUCGCUCGUGCAUUCGUCCGUCUGCCGGUCUGCCUAUUUGUCUUUCUGCGUCUCUCUCUGUCCAUUUGACUUUCUCUUUGUCCGUCUGUCUGACCGUUUGCCCGUUGUUCCGUCCAUUCGUUCGGCUGUUCAUCCGUUUGUGUGUAAAUUCUUGUAUUCCUGUCUCUCUCUACCUGCCUGUUUGUCUGUCUGUCUUUCUGUAUCCCUUCUUUGCUAUCUGUGUCUGCCUGCCUGUUUGUCUGUCUGUCUUUCUGUAUCCCUUCUUUGCUAUCUGUGUCUGCCUGCCUGUUUGUCUGUCUGUCUUUCUGUAUCCCUUCUUUGCUAUCUGUGUCUGCCUGCCUGUUUGUCUGUCUGUCUUUCUGUAUCCCUUCUUUGCUAUCUGUGUCUGCCUGCCUGUUUGUCUGUCUGUCUUUCUAUAUGCCUUCCUGUUCUUCUUGCUAUCUCUGUCUGACCGUCUGCCUGCCUGUUUAUCAAUCUCAUUUUAUUUUUCUCUUUGUAUCCAUGUCCAUUUAAUAUCACUGACGUUUUCAUUUUCCAUCUGCAGCUGUAACGAUCAUCGACCCCCUGCCGCAAAACGUCUUCGCCAUUAGUGGUUCACAGGUUCAUUUCACUUGUAUCUUUGUCGGUGACAACGGACUGCCUCCUGUUAGGGUGAAGUUUCAAAGGAGAAAAUUACUUCCAAAUUACGAAGAAAAGUGGUUAGACAUUCCGGAAACGGAGACGGUAUUUCAAACUAACAAAACAGAAGGUUAGACCAGUAACUUCUAGCCCGGUAUAGCCGUAGUUUGUUGGGGAGACGGGAGGGUAGGCCAUCGAUGUCUAUUGAUCUCGAGGCAGUUCUCUGAGUGGAAAUGUUUACUUAGUGGCUCAUCAUCAAAAACGCAUUGCAGGCUUGACAAAGAGUGUUACUGCUCUUUCCCGAUGAGAAGGGAGUCUAAUAUAGGUCGUGUCUUGCUGCUAUCGACUGUCAUACUGGUUUUUCAAAUCAUUUCACUGAUUGGUCAAUCAUAUUAUGAACCCCUGGGGAAACGGUGCGGUUUUUUGAGAGGUUACAAAAAAGGUCAUAUCCUGAGAGUUGUGAUUUGAUAUCAGUUGCCCUUUCCAGUAAUGAUUGUUGGCAUGAAACGAAAUUACAAGCCUGGUUCUGAGGCUCAGACUUUGAACGUUACUGAAAGACGCAAAAAAUCAUUAGGGAUAGGCACAUUAUAACUAUCGUAUGCUUUAGUCGGUAAAACAAUUUUCUGGAGCUUAAUUAGGCUCUCCUCCUUAGUCUGUAAAGUGAGUUUUUGUCGCAGAGUUAUGCUUCGCAGUCCACGUGGAAAUAAACAUUCCAAAACAUCUCUGCACAGGGAACAAAACAACCGCAACGUUGUACUUUACCAACAUUACAAUCGAAGAUGAUACCUCUAAGGGGAGACACGCGUGCACCGGAUAUUCUUCCAAGGGCGGAAAAGAAGAAAGACACGGUUUCACCAUCCAUGUCACUGCAGGUGAGUCACUUGAAGUAUCAACGAUAUGAUUGGAUUAUCAAGUGGAAGGUCGUCGCAGACAAAUGCGUAAGAGUACCUUGAUCCUCUCCCGCAAAAGAUUUACAACGCCCUACGGCACGAGAGGUCGAGAUGCACCAAAAUUGCACGUAAAAUGAAAACAUUUCUCGCGUUUAAUAAAACUUCUCUAUUUCCAAAAGUGUUUAUUUUGAAACCUUCCAAUCUUAAAAGUCUUUUUUGACAUAGGGGAAUUAAUAAUUACUUUGUCCGCGAAUUUGGCUAGUAAAGGAUGAACAUAUUGAUGUAGAUCCCACCCAGGUGCUGAUCAACAGCAGAACUGUCGUUUAGUGUUUCAAGAUGGAAUUUUUUGAACGUUUGGAAACACUUGACCGUUAAGGGGCGUCUCGACUUAUUCGAGGCAUUUGAAAUAGACUGCGAAAAUGUCUCUUUUUGGAGCCACAAACGACCUCCAACAUAGAGCAGCGUUGCAAAAUUAACAAAACAUGUUUAAGUGUCCAACGCAUUUCGCUUGAAUGACGAAGACGUUUUUUUUGUAGACUUUUGAUAUGAAAGCAUCUGUUCGGUGGCCUAGUUAUUCAGUUGUUAGGUCAGUUAGCAAGUCAGUCAGUCGGUCUCGUAGUCAGUCAAAUAAAGAGUCAGUUAGUCAGCCGAUCUGUCAAAGUAAUCGAUUAACACCGGCUGUCAAUUAGUCAGUUAGGCGUGCAGUCACUGCAGUGUAUCAGUCAGUCAGGCAGACAGUCAAUUUCUACGUCAAAAAGUCAGGAAUUAAGUCAAUCUGUCGGCAGAUUAAACAGUCUGUCAGUUAGUCAGCCAGUCAGUCAUUUAGUCAGUCAGUCAGUCAGUCAGUUAGUCAUUCGGUUGGUUAAUCAGUCAGUCUGUCAUUCUUGUAGUCAUUCAAUUACUCAUAAUUGUAGUCCGUUUUCGGUUUGUCGGUCAGUCGGUCAGUCCGUCAAUGAGUCAGUUACUCAGUGAGUGAAUGAAAAUUCACCCUUUCCAGCAAUUGAUCCGUAACUCAUUAAGUUAGUCAAUCCUUGCACCAGUCUAUCACCCCGGAAGGCAUUUGUUAUCCGGUAGGGAUUCAUCGAAAUGGAUUAGAUCAAUAACCAUUACCUCACCGUUUUUUUCAUUCUCAUUUUAAUUUUUCAUUGUUGUCGUUUGUCUCUUAUAGUCGAGGACUUGCCCGUGGCUCGGCUUAUUCCGAACAUUACAGUAUCUUAUGGAGACAGUGCCAGGCUUUACUGUAAUCUGACCCACAAUAAUAACGAGCAAACCACACCUAUAAAAAAAGUGACGUACUUAAAAAAUGGCAAACACGUGAAAACUACAACUGAUGUCAAUCAGCCGUUAAUCUUCAAUUCUGUCGGUACAAGAGAAGGUGGAGACUAUCGAUGUAGAAUCACCGUUUACCUUAAAUCCUUACAAUCUUACGAUGUUAUGUCGUCGGCAGCAUAUCUCCACGGUAAGUGCAAGAAUGAGGGUUGUAAUUAGAAAUGCCAAAAGGAAAAACAAUAAAAGAUAAACUUCACAUUUGAGUCCGUAAGUACGACACGAUGGCCUGGAGGCGAGUUUGGCUAAGAUGAACUCAAGAGGUUUCGGAAUAAACCAGACGAAAAGCUGGAAGGAUUACCUUCGAUGCAUGACGUCAAAGAGGAGCAGCAAGCCCCCAUUACUUCCGGGGUAAACUCAGGCCAGGCAAAAAUGGCCCCCUUGGAUCGUGAGAAUAAAUCCUUCAAAACCUUACAUCGGUGAUCAUAUCCAUCAAACUGUUCUCUUUACAUUUUGUUUGGUAUUGAAGAGUAGAACAACCCCUUAAGUCAGGAAUCAUUAUCUUUAUUGCCGUGACACUGAUGUUUGAUUCAGCGAAGCCGGUUAGAUGCCGGUCACUCCGGGGGCUGGCGGUCUCUCUGGCGAUCUCUCAGGGCUAAAAAAAACCAUACCAUUUAAAAGUAGUAAUGCAGAAAUGAAAUAAAUCUUAUUUUGAUUUGUUUAUGAUAAUAUGUCUCGAAAUGAUCGUGACAGGUGAGCUGUAAUAGAAGAAAUUUGAAACUGAUUCGUAACAUGUUUUCCGCUAAUAGUCAUAGUGUACUUCACGUGUGAGGAUCAUUUGGCUAUUUGUUACAUUAAAGCGGGAGCGAGAUUUUAUUUUUCUUUUUUUAAUAACUGUGCCAUGGGUUUUGUUUGUUUGUUUUUUUCUUUCUGUUGAAGUUUCGUGAAAAAAUGUUGUUGUAAAAGUACGCCGAACACGUAGCGUUUAGCGGUAUAAUAAACUUCUUAUUCGUCCAGCAUACUCGAGAUCGUACUGGUAGAACAUCAGGCCACGGUCUCCUUAUACGGACUUUGCGAAGUAUGUUGUAGGUGGAUAUCAAACCAGUAUUCUCACAGCAAGGCCUUGCCUUAGUUAAUCAGAUAUAUAUUUUUCCCAUGAACAUCUUCAACCUUGGAAAUUAUUGAAAAUUUGCAAUAACUAUAUCUUUUUCCAACAGUUCGUGUACGUUUUCCUAUCAGUGAGGUAAAGUUAACAGCUGACAUUGGGGAUAGCGUGGCUAUGGUUUGCAGCGCUGAAGGUUAUCCUUUGAACAUAGAAUGGAGGAGAAAUUUCGAGGGAAAAAGUGCCAUUAUCAAACGUAAGAUAUCCUCAGCUUCCUUUAUAGAAUGUUUGAUUUUCUUCUCCCAUAGUUUGUCCUCUUUCUAAACACAAUUUUUUUUAAAUUUCUGUCAGCGAUUUUUUUGUUAUUUUUGUGUGUUGUUUUCUUGGUAACUUCUGUGCAGAUUUAGCUCAUUGAGAUAUUUUUGAUUGGCUUCCUUUAGCCAAAAAGGAAAAUACGACAAUGUCACUGUUGAAAUCAAAGAUUUCGACUUUAAAGUUAGCAGCAGUUCCUAAAUGUAGGAUUUUGCAGCCUUAUGGUUUCAUGUUUGACUGCUGGCGCAAAUGAUCCAUCACGGCUUUUCACUACAAGGCCCCCCUCAGUGAGAGUACUGUAAACAACUAAAACGUUUGUUGUGAUUUUUUCUCACAGCCAAAGGCCGUUUCAUACUUCAGGGUGAAUGCAGUUUCUGUGAUUCGAUCCUCGUUAUUCAGAACGCCACCGCAGAGGAUUCUGGGAACUACUCAUGUAGUGCAAGUAACGGUCCUGGUCAGCAGUUUUUCCUUGUCAAGGUGGCCAACGGAACUUUAAUAAACGGUAAUAAACUUCACUCAGCUUUUGAAAUUUACUUGCUGUGGUUUGUUCUCUGCCCUAUGGGUCUGCUGUUGUGUGUCUCAAAAUGUGCAUCCACUGCCUGGUUUUUGAUGGUUCGUUCCAGUCACUCGCUGGAUGAUUGGCUGGAUUAUUUCUCAAUGCAUUUUAUUUUCCGCUAACACCAUUAAAAACAUGUUUUCCAACGAAAAGAUAAGUUGUAUUGGUUAAAAUCCUCUUAUAUGGCUAAGUAAAGAAAAUUUAGAUUCACUUGCACUUUUUGAGAGGAGAAAAUUAUUUAAAAUUCUGAUGCUAAUAAAAAUUAACAACAAUUGACAGCAUUCGCUUCUGAUAUAACUUUUAAAAACAAAACAAAAAGGUACUCACGCCUGUACAAUAAGUCUGACAUGGCAGUUAAGCUCGAUGUUAAAGUAACUAUUUUUGGACUAAAAAAUUAACAUUUUUCACAAUGUAAAAUUUUUGUUUUAUUUUAAUUUUCAGUGGCGCAUGCAACCUCAGUUCCAAAUCAUUUGAAAAUCAUCAUGCCAGCGUUCCUGUGGACUUGGUGGAAUUCAUUUUAGACAUGAGAAAAAAAAGGCACUAACGAAGAACAGCUCCCGGUGAAUUAGACCGAAAAAGAAAGCAAAGUAGUCGUGAUCAGUUUUGUAAAUCACCUGUUGCGCAGCUAGAUGAUAGUGAUGAACCCGCUGAAGAUGAAAAGACGCAUCAUUUACAUAUUGAUAGUUAAGCCACCUACAUAAGAUUCCUUUUUGAAAAAUAACGUAAGCUGUGACAAUUUUAUUUAAAAUUAGGACGAUAUGUAGAUGUUUAAGUGAACACUGAGACGUUGUCUCAUGGCAUGGAAUGCCACAAAAGCUGGCGCUUUUUCUAGUAGGAAAUUGUUAACGUAGCGUAGAAUUGCAUGACAAGUUGAUCUCCGUAAAGCACGCUAUCCAUCAAGUUUUGUAGAAUCGAUUUUUUGCGGUUAGCAAAUUUACUUAUGAUUGCAGUGAAAACUUAGUUACAUCGACUGUAAAAUAAUAGUGGUAAAUAUUAUGAUGGCCGUAAAAUUAUGAAUCGUCUUUACCGUUGAGUCUUAUCAUCAUCAUUAUUAUUAUUAAUAUUAUUAUUAUUUGCGCGGUAAUAGAUUUAAAAAUACUUUUCUAAAGUGAUAGAGAAGUAAAUCAGUUUAUUUACUCGUGAAUGUAUCGUAUUUAUUGCAAGAUUUGACCUUUUUACAAAGCAUUUACAUGUUUUAAAAAGGCCACAUAUUAGGGAUUAGAUUUCAAAGUUAGUAUCCUUUGGGAGCAGUAUUGAUACCGUUUGGCUAAAGAAGACACUCAGCCAAGAUUACUUAUCCUACUUAGAAAUAAUUAAGUAAUUUCUCCAAACAUGUUUUGAAAGUUUUAAUCAAAAUAGAUAGCAAAUGCGCAACAGAGCUUUACUGAAUACUAUUGCAACGAAGAAUUCAUUAGGUUGUAUGUUUGUUUGUUGUUUAACAGACUAUUUAUGAUUUGUUUUGGUUGACACGUCUUUCAUGGUUUACAAAGUAUCUCAUUGCGUCACCCAAUUUUUCCUCUAGGAAUAUAUUUUUUGGCGCUUUACCCUCCCCACCCCCCCCUCUUACUUCCUCUAUUAUCUUUUCCAGUGGUACUUCCCUGGGG